AUGCGGUCUGAAUCAUCAACCGAUGUCCUCAUUGUCGGCGCUGGGCCGGCCGGACUCACAACAGCGCUAUGGCUGGCGCACACGGGAGUCCAAUUCCGAAUUAUCGACAAGCGGCCGAAUAUCCCGCGGAGGGGCCAGGCAGAUGGCCUGAGUCCUCGGACGAUGGAAAUCCUCGAGACAUUCGAGGUAGCUCACGAAGUGACGAGGCUAUGGGAGCGUGCAACGGACGAGAUGCUUUGGUGCCGCGAUGCGCAGGGAAACCUGACGAGAAUGGAGCGUUUUCGGAAUCAGCCUCCACAAGGUGUCAGGUGGGGUCACGGAACGCUUCAGCAGGGCGUCGUGGAGGAAAUUAUGAAGAAGAAGAUAACGGAAGUCUGCGGCGUGGAGGUUGAAUAUGAGACUACUUUGUUUGAGUUGAGUCUUGACACAACCAAGGCCAAUGAUCCGGAGGCCUUUCCGUGGUCUGCAACAGUGCGAUAUGGCACUGAUGAGCCCGCGGGGCAGAUGCUGAGCAAGACUAUGCUGGCGAAGUAUGUCGUCGGCGCAGAUGGCGGACGGUCAUUUGUUCGACAAACCAUGGGGAUCGAGAUGCAAGGGACAAAAGGAGAGGCAGUCUGGGGAGUGAUGGAUAUUAUCGGGACUUCCGACUUUCCAGAUGAUAUUGAUGGCGCAGUUGACUUUGUCCGUCGAGAGAAAGAUAGAGAUGCAAUCACACCUGAAAGUAUAAUUGUUAAAUGCGAAUAUAUUAUUCGGCCGUAUAAGCUUUACAUUAAGGAACACGUAUGGUGGUCAGCAUUUACUGUUGCUCAGCGCAUCAGCAAUUCGAUGGCCGUCCACAAUCGCGGGUUUCUAGUUGGCGACGCGGUCCACACACAUUCCCCGCUGUGCGGCGCAGGCAUGAAUACUGCUGUGCAGCUACAUAGAGACGCAUACAAUCUCGGGUGGAAGCUCGCUGGCGUACUUAAACACCAGCUGAACCCAGAGAUUCUACAAACCUACGGGGCUGAACGACGACCAGUCGCAGAGGCAUUGCUUGACGCCGACAAAACAAUCUUGGCUCUGUUCCAUGCCCCUCUGGGCCCAGAGGCCGAGGCAUUAUUGGCCAAAGCGGACCACAUUCAGGCCUACCUUUCAGGCCGGGGAAUUCAAUACCGCGCGUCAUUAUUGACUCAUGGCUCAGCAGAAGGCCUGAGAAGCCUUGCGGUGCUACCUGGCCACUGCAUCCCGGAUAUAACUGUGCAGAACUAUAUGACAGGUAGAGCUAGCAACUUGCAUAGUUGGAUCAUGGCUGAUGGGGGAUGGUCCGUUAUUUUCUGGGCCAGCGAUCUCUCGUGCGCUUCGAGAGUGGAGAACAUCCACAAUUGUUGCAAGCAAGUCGAGAGUAUAAGAGCAAAGACAUCUUCAAAGGUGGGGUAUAUGUUAGAUGCUUUCUUGAUUCACUGCAACGAAUGGCCAAGCGUAGACUUGGCCGCCCUUCCAGGCUUGUUCUUACCUCCCAGCAAGUACGGCUGUCUAGACUACGGCAAAAUAUUUGUGAGAGAAGAAACAGCAAGUUGCAAGUCUGAAAGGAUGAACAAUCUAGGUGGCAUUGCAGUUGUUCGUCCAGAUAAGUAUGUUGGUUGGGUGGGUGGUUUGGAUGAUAUGGUCGGUCUAGGACUAUAUUUUAGCAAGAUAUUUCUCUAG